AAGCCUACCAACUCCGACGACAUGACCGGUGGCGGACAAUUGACAACCGGACAGAUUGAGUCUGCACCUCCUGCUGGUGCGGCCAAACCGGUGGCCAAACAGCAGCAGCAGCAACAGCAACAACGGCAAUCUGCCCUGCCCAAUUACUAUGCCGCUCUGCGGCGACCAUCAGCAGGCGGGAUGGAUGUGAAGAAGUACUUCCGUGUGAAACUGCCCAGCACCCGAGCUUCCUCGCGCUGCAACGAUCACGUAAUGACCGACAGUUUGAAGCUUUAUGAGGAGCAGAUAUUUUCGCACCAGAUCCUCAGCGGUCAACGACCCAUGUCUUGGUGCAUCGACGUACAGCGACAGGGAGAGAGCGUUCGUGGUGUCGGCGACGAUCACUCCUCAGGUUCGCCCUCUGUAACAAACUCCUCCUCUACCACCAUGUCUUCCGCCUGUUCCUCCUCCUCUUCCUCGAACGCAUCACACGCAGCUCCGGCUGGUCCACCUAGGCUCAGUGAUAUUCGGAGGGCGGCUCGCAUGCGCUCAGGUGAGUAA